AUGGCCAAGGAGCGGGUUGAGAAAGCCGAUGAGACCGAACAGAUGAUAGAGAAGGAAGGCGGGAAGGAGGCUGUAGACGGAGGAGGAGCUGGAGAUGGCCGGGAUAUGCGAGCUGUGUUGCUGUCCGCCUUCGGGGGGCUUAACAAGCUGCGGGUGGCCCGUAAAGUGAUGCCUGAACCCCAAGAGGGAGAACUGAAGAUUCGAGUUAAAGCCUGUGGAUUAAAUUUCAUUGAUCUGAUGGUGCGACAAGGAAAUAUAGACAAUCCUCCGAAAACGCCACUAGUCCCGGGUUUUGAGUUAUCCGGCAUUGUUGAAGCUAUAGGAGGAAAUGUCACUGGAUUUGAGAUAGGUGACCGAGUUAUGGCUUUUGUCAACUACAAUGCAUGGGCAGAAGUUGCCUGCACACCAGCAGAGUUUGUCUACAAGAUCCCAGAAGACAUGAGCUUCUCAGAAGCAGCUGCUUUCCCUAUGAACUUUGUUACUGCCUACAUGAUGCUCUUUGAAGUGGCCAAUCUAAGAGAAGGAAUGUCUGUGUUGGUUCAUUCCGCAGGAGGUGGUGUGGGUCAAGCAGUGGCGCAGCUCUGUUCAACAGUCCCCAACGUCCGCGUCUUUGGAACAGCUUCAUCCUUUAAACAUGAAGCCAUUAAAAAUUCUCUUAGUCACCUCUUUGACAGAAAUGCAGAUUAUGUCCAAGAAGUAAAAAAAAUUUCUCCUGAUGGGGUUGAUAUUGUUCUGGACUGUCUAUGUGGAGAAAACACAGGAAAAGGCAUAGGACUCCUCAAACCACUGGGAACAUAUAUUUUAUAUGGCUCAUCCAACAUGGUUACCGGGGAAACCAAAAGCUUCUUCAGCUUUGCUAAAUCAUGGUGGCAAGUUGAAAAAGUGAAUCCCAUCAAACUCUUUGAAGAGAACAAAGUCAUGGCUGGCUUCUCACUUCUAAACCUACUCUUCAAACAAGGCCGGACUGCACUUAUAAAUGGAGUAGUAGAGAAACUCCUCACCUUGUUUACCGAGAAAAAAAUAAAGCCAUUGGUGGAUUCAUUAUGGGCCUUGGAAGAGGUAAAAGAAGCAAUGCAGAGAAUUCACGACAGAGGCAACAUUGGAAAACUCAUUCUCGAUGUUGAAAAAGCACCAACACCCCUGAUGGCAAAUGACAGCACAGAGACAAGUGAAGCUGGGGAAGAGGAAGAGGACCAUGAGGGGGACUUGGAAAACAAGGAGCGCAUGCCAUUUAUCCAGUGAUGACCUCUCACCGCCGCUUUGAAGAAGGCUUAGAAGACUGGAAACCCUAUUCUGUGCAUCAGUGAACAAACUUGCUGUAGUACAGUGUGUGUUGUAUUUGUUGCAGUCAGCUGAGCUAUAAGCUGUUGAACAAUGUUAUUUAUAAUGUGGCAGUAACGCCUAGUUGGCAGCUUUUAGUGAGGUUGGCAUGUUUUGGGAACCGAAUAGUGUUAGCUUAAAAAAUUUAGCCCAAGAAAACGUUUCACAGUUAAUUGUCUAUUAAAUAGAGCAGAAAAACUAAUUUGCAGCCAGAAAGCGUUCAAAUCCCUCUUGUAACAAAUAUGCAGGCUACAUGCAUUUCAAUUGUUAAAAGGUACAUUCCAUUGGUUUUUACGCCAAUCAAGAAUUUGCAGCUAACUGAUGCCAAAUAAGCAGGACUGCCACUAAAAACAAAGUGCCAAUUCCUCUUCAGUAUUAUGUUCUGUUUUGUGUUUAAACCAUUUUUCAUUCCAUUGCCAUCUUGUCAAGAACAAGUAAACUCUCUGAGCACUGGAAAUCUCUGCCAUAAUGUAGUGGAGGGCCGAAAAGUCAUUAUGAUAUUUUUUUGUUUUAUUGCCUAGCAAAAAACAAAUAAGAAUGAUUAUUUUUUUUUAAGUAAAAUCAUCUACGCUUAGAGACACUCUAUGUUUCCGACAUAAGUUGUAACGCGUUUUAUACCUUUUUUUACAUACUGUUUCUGUAGAACAUACCACAAUUACAUUUUAGAGCCCAAAUACCCACCAUCGUUUAUUGUGUGUGUACAUAAAUACCUACAGUGGGGCCGAUUUAUCAAAGUGUCAAUCGGCCCCAAUGCAUCUGUUUUUGUGCGAGCCUUUAGGCUCGCCGGAAAGAGGAGUAAAGAAGCAGUGGUCUUAAGACCGCUGCUCCUUAAUUCGUAUGCCUCCUCUGAGGCUGCGGUCUGCAAUCCACCCGAUCGUUUACAAUCAGGUUGAUUGACACCCCUGCUAGUGGACGAUUUGCCCCGAAUCUGCAGGGGGUGGCAUUGCACAAACAGUUUUGGUGAACUGCUUGUGCAAUGUUAAAUGCUGACAACGUAUGCUGUCGGCAUUCACCCGAUCAUGUCCACCAGUCAUUGAUAAAUCGGCCCCAGUAUAUACACAUGAAUAUCUAUUUACUGAUUCAUUUACUAUUUUAUUGUUUCAGUAAAUAAAAUGUCACAUUAAUUGGAUUCAGAUCAAUUGUGCUUUCACAAAUUACAGUUAUUAAGUGUUGUUGACAAGAUGGUUAUGAUGUCUGACAUAUAGAGAGUGUCAUUGGUAUCUGGACAAGACUUUCCUAUUUCUACUCCUCUCCACUUUCC